UCAUGAGCAAAUGCUUGCAGGUUGCUUUUCCUAGCUUGGAGACCUUACAUAUCAAUGACAUGGAUAACAUCGAGAUGAUAUGGGACAAUCAAGCUAUUGCAGAUUCUUUCCCCAAGCUAAAAUCGCUUUUUGUGUAUAGUUGCAAUAAGUUUGUGACCGUUGUUCCUUCUUACAUUCUAGGACAGCUCUUGUGCCUGGAAAGUUUAAGGGUAGAAGCAUGUGCUUCACUUGAAGUUGUUUUUGAACUUCAACCACCAAAUCCUCUAGAUGGACAUCAUGUUGCUCUUUUGUUAAAAGAGUUGACGCUAUCAAAUUUACCAAAGCUAAAGUGUAUAUGGGAUAAGGAAAUACACCAUCAAGUUAAAUUUCAAUGUCUACGUUCUAUCAGCGUUUCCAAAUGCAAGAGCCUCGCCUCCCUAUUUCCAACGUUAGUGGCCAGAGAUCUAAUCCAACUUGAGGAGUUGGAGAUCUAUGAAUGUGGCAUUGUGGAACUCAUUGAGAAGGAAGAAGGACCGAUUCCCAGGUUUGAUUUCCCAAAGCUAACCUCCCUCAAGCUUAAGCUUCUUAUAGAGUUGAAGUGCAUCUACACCGGAAGACAUGCUUUACAUUGGCCGGCAUUGAAGACCUUGGAGGUCCUUGGCUGUAACAAAGUGGAGAUACUUGCUUCGCAACCUAAGAAUGAGAUGCCAUUUCAUAAGCACCCUCUCUUCUUCAUAGAAAAGGGCGCAUUCCCUAGCCUCCAAGAGUUAAAAUUGGAUUUAUCCGAACGGAUGGAGAUAUGGUAUAGGCAUUUUCAUGAUGGAGAAGUCUUCAACAAGCUUAGAUUUCUUGAGCUCCGUCAUCUCUCCCAGGAGUCUUCAAUAUCCACAUCAUGUUUUGUUGAGAGUUUACCCAACUUGGAAGAGCUAGUUGUAUGUGAAUCUUAUCUAGAAGACCCAAGUAGCAUUAAAGAAGCCAUAGAAGGCACAAGUCAUGAGCUAAAAGUGAUAUUACCCUUUUCAAGAUAUAUUCAACAUCUGCAAACUCUAGAUGUGUCACUUUGUGAUGGGUUAUCAAAUAUGUUCACAUCGACAAUAGCUGAAAAUUUGGUGGCACUCACAAAAUUGAAGAUAAGUAAUUGUAGAAUAUUGACAGAAGUCAUUACGAUGAGGAAGGUGGGGAGGGGCAAGUAG